UUCCCCACGAAACCAACAGUAUACGUGUCAUUGUCAUCCCAUUACGUUUUCUUCGUGGCGUAGUUUUCUUGUUUUCUUUGGGGAGAAGACAACUCCGUAGACCCAAACACCUCCUUACUAUAUAUACAUACCCAAAGCCCUACAAAGACACAAAAACUGCCAGGUAUCAGAGGCUUGUUUAGAUAGAGAGAGAGAGAGAUACGCGGCUCACGGCUACGCGUGGAGUUUGUGCAUGUUCUUCCUUUUCUGAUUCUCACCGUUAAUAUCGCUCUUACCUUUGAACAAUUCCUCUGAUUUUCCCAUCAAAUUUUAGGGUUAGGGUUUCUUUUUCUUGGCGGCUUACCUGGAACGCUUUUCGACUGGUAUCUGAAAGGUUUCUAAGCUAAAUGGAGUCUACUAAAGUGAUCAAGGUGAAGUAUGGAGAAACACUUAGGCGCUUCAAUGCCCGCAUUGUUGAUGGAGAACUUGAUUUGGACAUGGAUAGAUUGAGAGAGAAGGUCCUUGGUUUCUUCAAUUUUACUCCUGAUAGUGAUCUAACACUUACAUAUAUUGAUGAAGAUGGUGAUAUGGUAACCCUUGCUGAUGAAGAAGAUCUGUGCGAUGUGAUGAGGCAGUCCCUGAAUCCCUUGAGGAUAACUGUGAAGUUGAACACUGAAACGAGUGGUAGAUCUUAUGCUAGAUCAAGUGGAAGUUCUACGCCCAUGAGAUCACCUCGAGUCCUGCAUCCUAUACAAAACUUGAACACAGGUGUUUCUGAAAUCUUGAGAUCUGUGCCGGAGCCUUUCCGCGAAGCAAUCUCAAAUAUGUCAAUUAACUUGGCAUCUAAAGCUACAUCCACUGCACCAGGCAUUGCUGAGCUUGUUGACAGUUUAUCAAAGAUGGGAUUGUCCUACCUGAAUCCUGUUUCUGAGUUUCAGACUGGUGCUGAAUCUAGCACACAGAUUCAGGCUUCGAAAGGUCCUGUUGCUUCAAAGGUUGAUGGGGUCACAUCAGAGGUGUUGCCAAGUGCUAAAGCCGAGGCGCCAACUUUGGCAAAUAAUCAGGUGUUGCCCAAUACUAAAUCUCAACAGCCAACUGUGGAAAACAAUAAGGUGGAAGUUGAAAACACAGCCAGAGGUGUGGAGGCAGCAGUUAUGCAGACCCCUAGUGUGGACCCUACACCAUCCACUGGUUACUUGAAUCUUAAUGGUGGCCUCCCUGGGGAUAAUUAUCUGUUUGGAAGUGCAUCUUCAAAUCCUGCACCUGACACAUUUCCUGUUGCUGCUGGUAACAACAUGGAGGAGGUCCUUUAUGUUCCUUCUGGAAACAACAAGUUGAAGGUCAAAAAGCUAGCUGAAUUUCAUUCAAAUGGGAAGUCUGAUGCUCUUGCCUUUGAGAAUGGUAUGCCGGGUGCUACUAAAGCUCCUGCUGGUGACAAAAAUAAUGAGAUUAAUAAGUCUAAUGAAGGUCGUCUUGGACAAAAGUUUGCUGGUUCCUAUCAUGAUUUUCCGAAGCAUUCAAGCAGAGAUUCCCUGAACAAAGAUUUGCGUGGCGGUGUGAACAUCAAAUGUGGUAGUGAUUUUGGGAACUCUUCUACAUCACGUGCUGGUCAGAAUCCUAUGAAUGAGUGCCCUUUUUCAGGGAUGCCUUUAGCAAGUGACUUGUUUCUGCCUCCCUCUCAAUCUGAUCCUCGUAUGGUCUCGUUUAAAAGGAGGUAUAACCAUAGUGAUGGCAUGGGCAUCAUUUUUCACAGAGGUGUUCGUUGUGAUGGUUGUGGGGUUCAUCCAAUAACCGGACCUCGGUUCAAGUCCAAAGUAAAGGAGGAUUACGAUCUGUGCAGCAUCUGCUUUGCAGAAAUGGGAAAUGGUGUCGAUUACAUCAGAAUGGACCGUCCUAUGACUUACGGGCAUCCCUUUUCUUUCAAGGGGUUGUAUGAUCACCCUUUGCAUCAUUCUCGGGUGCGUCCUCCGACCAUACCACAGGUAUUGCGAGGUUGUGGAAUGAAACAAAAUCGCCCUAAGCUUGACAGUCGCUUCAUUCAGGAUGUGAAUGUCUUUGAUGGUACAAUCAUGUCCCCAUCAACCCCAUUUACCAAGAUUUGGCGGAUGAGGAACAAUGGCACUAUCAUGUGGCCUGAGGGAACACAACUCGUUUGGAUUGGGGGAGAUAGAUUAAGCAAUACAUUUUCUCUUCAGAUUACUGCAGAUGGUUUGCCUGUGGACAUGGAGCUUGACAUUGCAGUUGAUUUUACUGCUCCCCAAUUUCCUGGUCGGUACAUCUCAUACUGGAGGAUGGCCUCACCAUCCGGCCAAAAGUUUGGGCAACGUGUUUGGGUUCUCAUCCAGGUUGAUGCUUCAUUGAAGGAUUCCACCUGUGAAAGCUUUCAAGGCUUGAACCUAAAUUUGCCUCCUGUGGGCAACGGUGCCACAGGCCCUGAAAUUGUAAGUGUGAAUGUUGAGCCCAAGGCUGAGGACAACCUUCCUGAGCCCGUAAACUCUAAUAACAGGGUCACAGAAUUAGUGGUGCCAAUAGUUAAUGCAAACCCAAAUAAAGAACAGGAGCUGAAUUUCCCAAUCAAUGAUACUUUACUGGUUGGUGGUGGUAUACCAAGCCCGGUUCAUCCUCAGCCUUCAUCGUCUGUUUCGUAUCCCAUUAUUGAUCUUUCUGAAGCACCAGUUGUGCCUUUGUCUGCACCAUCCCCUGCUAAAGAUGCACAGGCGUCUGCUCCAAUGGCUGGUGAAAACAAUGUUGAGCAGACACUCCUUAGGGAACUCGAGGAGAUGGGUUUCAGGCAGGUUGAUUUGAACAAGGAGGUAUUGAGGGCAAAUGAGUAUGAUUUGGAGCAGUCAGUGGACGAUCUUUGUGGUGCUUCUGAAUGGGAUCCUAUCCUCGAGGAGUUGCAGGAGAUGGGGUUCUUUGACAAGGAGAUGAACAAGAAGCUGCUGAAGAAGAACAAUGGGAGUAUCAAACGUGUGGUCAUGGAUCUUAUUGCUGGAGAGAAGGCAUAGUUUAAGAAUCUUAUAGUAGCUAUAUGGAUAGUAUAUGCUCUAAAUAAAUGCAGUGUAGCAUUAAACUUUAUAAAGUCGUUUUGGUUUUCUGAAGUUCCUUGGGCGUACUUUAGCUUAUCUAUGUUGCGAAACCAGUGAAGCGUUAGUGCUUCGAACUUGUUCAGUGUCUUUGUUUACAUAUUUAAGUUAAUGGCCUUAGUAUGCCGUAGACUGCUGAUAUUGGCUCUUAUCUUAUCCCUGUUCCUAUAUUUACUAGUUAUCUUUGUUAUUCUGUGUAUU